ACCUUUGCGAAGGCACAUUGAGGGAGGGACGACAUGCCCCCAGAAUUCCAGUCUAUAAAUACUCCCUCAACGCUACUGCAUUCCCUCGUCCACCUCUCCCAGGCUUAAUUCCCAUUCAUUACCUUUAAAUCUAUUUCUUCUCCCUCUCUCUCUGCUCUCCACUUCCCAGGCUCCAAACUUAUUAUAUAUUUUGCAUUAUCCACCAGUCUAGAGGAAUUAAUAUGGGCGUGAGCAGCUACAGUCAGGAGAACACUUCCACGGUGCCGCCGGCGAGGUUCUACAAAGCCUUGAUCCGCGACGCCCACAACCUCGUCCCUAAGCUCCUCCCCCACGCCACCAAGAGCAUCGACGUUUUCCAAGGCCAAGGCGGCGUUGGCACCAUCAUCCAAAUCAACCUCCCCGACGGCAAGCACGUGAAGCACAGGUUUGAUGUGAUCGACGACGAGAACUUCUCGUGCAAGUACACUCUGAUCGAAGGGGAUGCGUUGAAGGGCGGCAUUGAAUCCAUUGUUUACGACACCAAGUUCGAGGCCUCGCCGGACGGCGGGAGCGUCUGCAAGAGGACGGUUGAGGUGCACGCCGCCUGUGAUGCAGAGGUCAAGGAAGAGGAACUCAAGGCUGGGAAAGAAAGGGCAGAGCAGUUGUACAAGGCUGUCGAAGCUUACCUCUUGGAAAACCCCACUGCCUACGCUUAAAUCUUCUUAAACAACCCUCUUCACUGUCAAUGGCGCCGUAGAUGCGACCGUAUCAAAAUACGACUACGUUUCAAUCAUAAUUAAUUAAUAAAGAGUGUGUGCUGUUGUUGCUAAUUAAGAAGGAGUGUGCGCUGUUGUUGCUGUUGGUUUUUUUUUUUUUCCCCUCUUGUUAAGAUGGAACAGUGCAAUAUAUGCCUAUGUACGUACCUUGGUUUGAGAAAUAAGGAACCAUUCUGUUCCAAUUUCAACUA